GUGCGGGCCGACGGCGGCGGGCAGGGGGCGGCCAGGCUACGCUCGGGCCGUGCGCGGCCGGCCGUGUGGCGCGCCAUGGACUUCAACAUGAAGAAGCUGGCGUCGGACGCGGGCAUCUUCUUCACCCGGGCGGUGCAGUUCACGGAGGAGAAGUUCGGCCAGGCAGAGAAGACCGAGCUGGAUGCCCACUUUGAAAACCUCCUGGCCCGGGCCGACAGCACCAAGAACUGGACUGAGAAGAUCCUGCGACAGACGGAGGUGCUUCUGCAGCCCAACCCCAGUGCCCGAGUGGAGGAGCUCCUGUAUGAGAAGCUGGACAGGAAGGCGCCCUCGCGGGUCACCAAUGGGGAGCUGCUGGCACAGUACAUGGCAGAGGCGGCCGGCGAGCUGGGGCCCACCACGCCCUAUGGGAAGACACUGAUCAAGGUAGCAGAAGCCGAAAAGCGCCUGGGAGCCGCCGAGAGGGAUUUCAUCCACACAGCGUCCAUCAACUUCCUCACGCCUCUGCGCAACUUCCUGGAAGGGGACUGGAAGACCAUUUCGAAAGAGAGACGUCUCCUCCAAAACAGACGUCUGGACUUGGAUGCCUGCAAAGCAAGGCUGAAGAAGGCCAAGGCUGCGGAAGCCAAAGCCACGUGUGAGGGAGAUACGGUGCCUGACUUUCAGGAGACUAGACCUCGUAAUUACAUUCUCUCGGCCAGCGCCUCUGCGACUCUGGAUGACACUUCCUGCCCGCUUUCCUGGGCCGAGUGGAAGGAGGAAUAUCCCGGAGGGUGGAGCCCGCCCUGUUUUUUUCUUUUGCCAUUGAACCCCAGUGUGACUCGGGCGCGAGGCUGCCUUUCUCUGGCGAAGGACAGAAAGCUCUGGAACGAUGAGGUGGACAAGGCCGAGCAGGAGCUCCGAGUGGCCCAGACUGAGUUUGACCGGCAGGCAGAAGUGACCCGGCUCCUGCUGGAGGGAAUCAGCAGCACCCACGUGAACCACCUCCGCUGCCUCCAUGAGUUCGUGGAGUCCCAGACGACUUACUAUGCGCAGUGCUACCGCCACAUGCUGGACUUGCAGAAACAGCUGGGGAGGUGCCCACGGGGUCCCCCGGCCCCCAGCGACACACAGGGCGACAGGGCGGGUAGAGGGCUGACCCUCUGGACGACAGUGAGCUCCCAGGGAGCCAUAUUCCCAGGCACCUUCGUGGGCACCACGGAGCCUGCCUCCCCGCCUCUCAGCAGCACCUCGCCCACCACUGCCGCGGCCACUAUGCCUGUGGGGCCCUCGGGGGCCGGCCUGGCCCCCCCUGGGGAGGCCGCUCUGCGCCUGGAGGAGGUGAGCCCACCGGCCAGCGGGACCCGGAAGGCCCGGGUGCUCUACGACUACGAGGCGGCCGACAGCAGUGAGUUGGCCCUGCUGGCUGACGAGCUCAUCACUGUGUACAGCCUGCCCGGCAUGGACCCUGACUGGCUCAUUGGCGAGAGGGGCAACAAGAAGGGCAAGGUCCCGGUCACCUACUUGGAACUGCUCAGCUAAGCAGGCGCCCCCGGCCUCCUGCCCAUCCCCCCGUUCUGGCCCGGGCAGGAGAGGACACGUGCGGCCCCGGUCAUCCAGUCGUGAGGGGGCCCCAGAGGCCGAAUGGUCCCGGCCCCGCCCCUAGCCCUGCUUUUGGAGCCCCCUGACUGCCCCUCCCCAGCACUGCCUGCAUCCGCCGAGCACCCCAGCUCUCCGGUCCUGCCCGCUCCUGCUGAGGAGGGGGACCCGGCUGCAGUGCCGCCCCAGGCCCCUCGGCCCGCACGGGGGUGGGCGCUUGGCCUGCAGCAGCCUGGGCCGUGCCCUUGGUGAGAGCACCUGCCUCUUGGUCGCCAACAGCAGCGGCGGGGGGAAGGCAGGCGGGCACCGGCCCCUCUGGAUGGCUGGAGUGAGGGGCGCCUGGCCGGAGUGGCCCCUGCUCCGGACUUCGGUGGCCGCAGCCUGCGCCUCUCCACACUCACUUUUUAACUGAUCUUUUUACUCUGCCUGUCUGCUUGCUCUCAGCCGGUGACAAUAAAUCCUCCUUCACAUGCA